AUGAAUACCACCACCAGUUCAUCGCCCCCGGCCUUGUCCGAGAACAUGAAAUGUUCCAGAAAUCUCAAAUCUAAGGUUAAGCGGAGCGCAAGCAUUAAAAGAAAAAUCAUAGGAACUAAAGCCGAAAAGAGGCAUAGGCCAGUCGCUGUCCUCAAAAUUAACCUAGCCGGAAAAUCCAAGAAUAGUGCUUUUGGACCAACCAAAAACCCACACGGAAACGCACGCAUCACCAAAAGGAGAGCUUCGAAAGUUAAAGAAAACCAAAACUUUAUCAGUCUCAUCCGACUACCCAAUGCGCAAGACCCCGCAAUCUUCGAGACGAUGAACUAUGCCGACGAUGAAGACCCCGCCCCAGUUGACAUCGAUAUUAUUCUUGAAAAUGAGCCAGUUGAGAUAAUUUAUCCAACCAGCAUCGUCACUCACACCGAGAAGGAGCAAGUUAACCUCGAACUCGCUGCAAAGGUGGCCUGUGCACGGAUUGCAAGCACUCCUGUAUUCCGUAAUUCUCCAUCUCCCGCCUCUCGAUCUUCCUAUAAAAACCCGCGUAAGGUCCUAUCUCAUCGGAGAGAGCCUAAGCAUGCUACUCCCCAACACCAAGUCACUACAGCCAAGAAAGCCAAAAAGGCUUCCCCUAAGGGCAAGAAGACGACUAAAAGGGCCUCUUUGAAGGCAAAGGCCACCGCCGCUAGAAUCAUCGAAUACGCAAAGGUCAAAUUUUCCAACUCGAUCGUAAAAAAGAUCGUCCCCAUCGAAGACCCAGAAACCUUGAUUGACACCAAGACCACCAGUGCUAUGUCGGAGAUGAUGGGCAGGCUCACACUCAAAUCAGCUAACCUGAGAAGCCGAGUCUCAAAUGGUAUUCGCACAUGGUUUUCCCCUCUGAGGAACCUUCCAGUCACUCCUCUUGGGGAGAUUCUUUAG